AUCGCCGUGCUGUAUGAUAAGGUGGUGGAACAGAUGGACUCUUGGAUUGGGCCAACGUAAAUUCAGUUUUCACUCUCAGUGCGAAUCAGUUUCACGUUUGCUUGGCGGAGUAGAAGAGGUGUUCAAGAAGAGCAGCCUUGUGUGUGACGAUCAGCAUACCUGCCUGACCUAACUGCUAGUUGUAAUACUGUACAUAUAUAAUCGGGUACCAUGGCGUCUCCCGGCUACGGCACCGUUGACUACGUGGUCUUCUCCUUGCUGCUACUACUCACACUAGGUAUUGGCAUCUUCUUCGCUUUUCGAUCACGCCGUCGUCAAACAACGUCGGACUUUCUCCUCGCGGGCCGGAAAGCCCCUUACCUCCCCGUAGCGCUGUCGUACCUGGCGACGUUCGAGUCGUCUAUCAUGAUGCUGGGCAAACCUUCUGAAACCUAUGUGUACGGCGUACAGUGGUUCAUGUCCUCCAUGGGGUUUGUUGUCGCUCAAAUCUUUGCCACUUACAUGUUCGUCCCGAUGAUCUACCGGCUCAAUAUCACAAGUAUCUAUGAGUACCUGGAAGUGAGGUUCAAGUCGAGGCUGGUGCGGCUGAUUGGGGCAGGUCUGGGGAUCCUGCAGCAGAUCACCUACAUCGCCAUCGUUAUCUUUGUUCAGUCUUUGACACUGGAGGCUGCCGUGGGAAUGACCGUGGAGACGUCCAUGCUGUUGUCGACUGUCCUCGCCGUAGUCUAUACCUCUCUGGGAGGAAUGAAAGCAGUCAUCUGGACGGACGUGUUUCAAUGUGUACUCAUGUUCAUUGGUAUGAUCGCCAUCAUCAUCAGGGGGUGUGAGGUUGUUGGUGGUGGCCAUGAGGUCAUGGCACGAUCGGUUGCUGGUGGCAGAAUGAACUUCUUCAACUUUGACCCCGACCCCACAGUUCGACACACCUUCUGGGGACUGUUUGUGGCAACAAUCGUGAGGGAGUCCGCCUUUGUUUUCAGUCAGUCAUCCGCUCAAAGGGUCAGUUCCACAUCGUCAGAGACAGAAGCCAAGAAAAUGAUGCUAGUGUCAGCGCCUGCGUUCCCUCUGAUGACGGGGCUGGCGUUGUUGAUGGGACUGGUGGCAUACGCUUACUAUGACAAAAUUCAGUGCGAUCCGUUUGAGUCGGGGCAACUGUCUAGUCCUAAUCAGAUUAUCCUCCUGUUGGUGAAGGACUUGUUCUGGGAUGUGCCAGGAAUGUCUGGGGUGUUUCUUGCAUCUCUAUUCAGCGCUGCUCUCAGUACCAUCAGCUCCUCCAUGAGUAGCUUCUCUGCGAACAUGUGGAGGGACUUUCUCCAGCCCUUGCUGCCGACCUUUUCCGAGAAGAGAGCUGUCGUCGUGGCCAAAUUGUCAGUGGUGGUGUGCGGGGUGUUGUCCUGUGCUGUCGCCUAUUGCAUUACAUCGCUGAAACUUACAACAUUACCACAGAUCGCCUUUACUAUAUUCACGUUGACAUAUGGACCCCUGAGUGGAAUGUUCCUCUUAGCAGCACUAUGUCCUUGGGCAAACGACAAGGGCGUAGUGGCAGGGGUAGGCAGCAGCAUUGUGCUCACUGGGUGGAUCUUCAUAGGCACCACCUUCUCUAAGGCAAUCAAGACCACGCCGUGGUUACCGGCCGCCUCCACUGCUGCCUGCUUCAACUACACCAACGUGUUCAACACAACUGUGGACAACGUGACGGUGUUCGGCGACUACGUUACUACAAUAGCAACCACUCCGGAGUCGGCCAUGGCAUGGAAAGAUAAGGUGACGGGUGUCGAGAGACUGUACCUACUGUCAUACACAUGGUAUGGAGUUGUUGCCAUAGCAGCGGUCAUGAGCAUGGGUUCCAUUGUCAGUCUGAUUACAGGUGGCAACAAAGAUGACCCCGUUGACCCACGUUACCUGGCAACGUCUCUAGCCACGUGCUGCGGCAAACAUGGCGGGCAGGAAAAGCCUUCACAGACAGAAUCCGACGCCCGAGAGGUCACGGAAAAGUUGGACCUUGGAGUGCCCAGCGAAGAUCACCAGGACCCCUUCAUCAAAAAUGGGUCACCCCCUCAGUAUGACACACGAAUAUGACCAGACACUGUUAUAGACUCUUCCUACUGUCAACUGUGUAGCAUCCAAGAACUUCUUCACUCGUAAAGGUGCAACACCUGGUGUCUUCAACUAAUCAACGAGUGUGGUCUAUUUGUCGCUUUAAUUUCAUUUCAAGCGGCUGAUGACAUGAUCGGAACUCCACCGAUGCGCCCAGUCAUUGGCGUUAUUCAUGGGAAUCUUGCCAUACGACGACAGUCUGUAGGCAACUGAAACGAGGCAAGACAGUCUAGUGAUGGACCAGAUAAUCAAAUGACACGGUACCUGAUUUACUGAUUUCCUGAAAUAAAAAACACUAUGCUACUUCCAAUUUACGUCCGCUGUGUACACGUGCAAAACAUCUGCUUAUAAGUAAAGAAAAUUUUAAUUUCACAUGUUCCUUUAUAAACAGCCCGGCAAUUUAAAGUAUCGGAUUAAAAAUUAUUUUGUGGUAAACUGAUCAAUCCUAUUCAGCUUAUGGUGAAACUCGGGAACUUCAGCUAACCGGCAGAAACGUCGAUGAGUUCAAGUAAAUAUGAAAAGCAACAUCAACGCCAGAGAAUAACCAAUUCAUUUAUCUUCCGAAACAGAUCCCAGGGGUGUUAAGGGCAAAAUAGGGGCGAAAUGCACACGAACAGAUCACUAAAUAUCGGUGAUAACAAGAGGUGUUCCCGAAGUCUGUACAAGCAUUAUGCGCCCUACCCGUAACUUACCUGCCUCUCAUACAUAUGCACCAUGUAAAUGUUCGUUUAGUGCAUACCAAUUGUUGUCCUGUUCGGGGAGUAACGGAAGUGGGUCUUUGUAGUAUGUCUUUAUAUAAUAUUUCCAGAUGGAAUCUGUUAAACAUCAAGACUAAUUUAUGGUGGUAACUUUUGCUGUGUACGGUUUACACAUGACUAAUUAUAACAUCACUCAUACCAGUGUGGCAUUAUUAAUAAAGGUGACCAAUCUAAA